AUGGUCCGAGUGAUUCGCGUCGAAAGCUAUCGAUCACAUCGUAGCUCAUAUUCAAACAAACAUAGUUAUCGAAGCACUAAAGUACGAAAGACGAGAAGUUCUCGUACAACACGAAUCUCACCAACCAGUGAUGACCGAAUAUUGAUUGACAAUACCGCUUCCACGAAAUCAAUAUCAAUCCCACCGAAUGGCACUCCGUCAGAAUACAAAAGAUCACAGGUGGAAGAUUCUCCGAUGCAUUCUCAUACGGAAUUUCACCAUCGUGAAUAUAUUGACAAAGAGUGUAUGCCACGAGUCAGUGAUACUAUUUCAAGUAGUGCUGUAACCACGUCAUGUAUCAGUUAUGAUAUAAUUAAAGAGCGUCCAACCAGAUUAACUAAUCACUAUCAAUUCGUUAAUGAUUAUCAAUGGAUGGCUUAUAAAUAUCCGAAAGAAAAAGAGAAAUCGAAACGGCGGCGGCGUCGUCGGCGUGGGGGAUUUUUUGCAUUUUGUUGUCCGUGUUGUUCGCCUUGUUGUUGCUUAACGAUAGGUCUUAUCUUGGGUUUGCUUCUUGUCGGUCUGGCAAUACUAAUUGCUUUGCUAAUAAUUAUGAAACAACACUCUACCACAACGACAACGACGUCCACAUCAACAUCAUCAUCAAGUACUAGCACAUCCAGUACAUCCAGCACAAGUACAUCCACAACGUCGGACACUACAACUACAUCAGAAACAACAAGUUCCACUAGUACAACGAGCACGUCUACAGCAACGACAAGCACUACAGCUACUACGGAGACGACCACUUCAGUAACGACGACGACAAUAGGCACUUCAGUAACAACAACGACAGCAGCUUCUACGAUCUCGAUUCCUCACAAUUCAUGCACAUCAUCUUGGCAAAGUGUUACCGUGGCUUAUCAUUGUACUACCUGCUCCGAUGUAGAUCCUUAUGUACAGUAUACGUCGACUUACGUAGCCAUAGCAAGUACAACUCGUAUUUCAUUUGCUCUUCGUGAAGAUAGCGGCUGCUUCGCGCUUGAUAAUGUUUCUGUUAAGCAAAAUUCUUCACCUGGUACCGAACUUCUUAGUAAUCCAGGUUUUGAAACAGGUACUUUUCCAGGAUGGAGUUACUGUAAUCCAUACGGAAUCACAUGGGGUGGCCAAAUCAAAUCGAACUCAGCCUAUUUUUCAAACAUGGGCUAUACGUAUACUUCCAAAAGUGGCUCCUAUUAUUAUGUCAAUUGUGGAGUAGGAAACGUUGAUUAUCUCUAUCAGACAUUUCCUACAACUAUCGGUGAAACUUAUACAAUAUCUUUUUGGUUAUACAACCAUGGCGAUCAAAGCUACCCAAGCAGUGUUGAUGUAUGGUUGAGUAUUUAA